AUGGUAUUUUUUUUUACAUACAUAUAUAUUAGUGGUGGAUGGAAAGAAUGGGUGCCCGGGUGGAUGUGUGGUAGAAGCAUAAAAGGCUCGGUCGUGGGCAUCAUAGGUUGCGGCAACAUCGGCACGUCAAUCGCUGAAAAGUUGGUCAAUUUCAAAGUGUCUCAGCUUUUGUACACCAGUAGAAGUGAAAAACCGGCCGUCAAAGCAAUCGGUGGACAGUUGGUCACGGUGGACGAGUUGAUGGAGCGUAGCGAUUUCGUCGUCGUUGCUGCGGCCUUGAACGAAGAUACGAAAUUUAUUGUCAGCAGAGAACGGAUCGCCGCCAUGAAGUCCAAUGCCAUAUUGGUGAACAUCGGUCGCGGACAGUUGGUUGAUCAAGACGCUUUGGUCGAAGCGCUCAGGGAGAAGAGAAUCCGAGGCGCUGGGCUGGACGUGAUGACUCCCGAACCACUGCCAUUGGAUCAUCCACUGAUGGGCCUUGACAACGUUUUGCUCCUGCCACACAUCGGCACCGCCACCUUUGAGAUGGAGGAAGAGAUGGCUAUGAUGACCACCCAGAACAUAUUGGCUGUAUUGGACGGAUGCCCUAUGCCGAACGAAGUGUUUUUUUAA